CUGAUCCGCUACAGUCAACCAUUUGGUUCCACUACGACAGCAAGUAACACGGACAACAUCUCCAAAUUAUCGCAAUGGCACUCAACAUCGGACACGUCUUUCUGGUCACCAUGCUGGCCGCAAUUUGCGGCGCGGAGACGAUUCAGCUGCAGCCAACGCAAGGCAUCCUGAUCCCGGCGCCGUUGGCUGAGAACAUUCGUGUAUCGCGCGCUGCUUAUGGUGGCUAUGGAGCGCCAGCUGCUGCACCCUCCUAUGCCGCCCCAGCUGCUCCGUCUUAUGCUGCACCAGCCUAUUCUGCACCGGCACCCGCUGCUCAAGCCUACGCUGCGCCCGCUGCUCCUGCCUACGCUGCGCCCGCUGCUCCCGCCUACUCUGCACCCGCCGCUCCCGCUGCCCCAGCCUAUGCCGCUCCAGCACCGGCUGCACCCGCCGCCUACUCAGCACCCGCCUCCGUUCCAUCGCCGCCCUGCCCCAAGAACUACCUGUUCAGCUGCCAACCCUCACUGCAGCCCGUGCCCUGCUCUGCGCCAGCCCAAUCCUACGGCUCCGCCGGUGCCUACUCCCAGUACGUGCCCCAAUACACUGUGCCCUUUGUGCGUGAAUUGCUAUAAACGCACUGAUUGAACGUCAUUUGGCUUACCUGAUCCAAUAAACUGAAAAUAUUAAGAGAAAAAAAA